UGUGUGUGUGUGUGUGUUGCAGGGUUCUGCAUGUUCGUAUUGAGCCUGGUGAAGAAGCACUACCGGCUGCAGUUCUACAUGUUCGGCUGGACCCACGUGACUCUGCUGAUCGUGGUCACUCAGUCACACCUCAUCAUCCACAACCUGUUUGAAGGCAUGAUCUGGUUCAUCGUACCCAUCUCCUGCGUGAUCUGUAAUGACAUCAUGGCCUACAUGUUUGGAUUCUUCUUCGGCCGAACGCCUCUCAUCAAGCUGUCUCCUAAGAAGACGUGGGAAGGAUUUAUUGGGGGCUUUUUCUCCACCAUAGUGUUCGGGAUCAUGUUGUCCUAUGUGAUGGCAGGUUAUCGUUACUUUGUGUGUCCAGUGGAGUUUAAUAACGACUCGAACAGCUUCACGGUGGACUGCGAGCCGUCAGAGCUCUUCCAGCUGCAGGACUACACACUGCCCUCUGUCCUGCAGUCCUUCACUGGCUGGACCACGGUGAAGCUCUACCCGUUCCAGAUCCACAGCAUCGCUCUGUCCAGCUUCGCCUCCAUCAUGGGUCCGUUCGGAGGAUUCUUCGCCAGCGGGUUCAAGAGGGCCUUCAAGAUUAAGGACUUCGCCAACACCAUUCCUGGUCACGGAGGAAUUAUGGACCGCUUCGACUGUCAGUACCUCAUGGCCACCUUCGUCAACGUUUACAUCGCCAGCUUCAUCAGAGGUCCGAACCCGACUAAAGUGAUCCAGCAGUUGCUGGCGCUGAGACCGGACCAGCAGCUGUACAUCUACAACUCUCUGAAAGCCCACCUCACUGAGAGAGGCCUGCUGGGUGCGCUGGAGGAGGCAGCCUAGACCCUGAAGCUGCGCUGAACCAGACGGAGCCCUGAGAGCCGGAGAGAGACCGAGAGAGAGAGAGAGAGAGAGAGAGAGAGAGCAGGAGAGUCACGGGGUCAUGGGGUCAUGGGGUCAUGGGGUCGACCUGGAGCAGGAGCUGUGUGGAGGUGGGAGACACGAAGAUCCAGAUCAGGAAAAAGGAAAAAAAAAAAAAAACUAAACUAAAGCCUUGGGUCAUUCCAUUUUCUGUGUGUGUGUGUGUGUGUGCUAAGAAAGAGAGUGUGUGUGUGUGUGUGUGUGUGUUAGCAUUUAGUCAGUGUUUAUUAUUACUAUUUUUUUUGGCAAGUAAUAUACUGUAUGUUCUUUCUUUUAUACCAGAUAAGAUAAAUAUUAUACACAGAGUGACACGUCCUGCAUUUUCUUCCAUUGUGAGUCACACACGUGUGUAAAGUGUAUCUAUUAUCUGUAUUGUGAAUAUUUUAGGGUAUAUAUAUAUAUAUAUAUAUAUAUAUAUAUAUAUAUCUAUAUAUAUGUCUAUUAUGUUAUAUAUUAUAUGAUAUUAUAAUGAUUAUAAUUCUAAUUAGGGUGCAGAUGUUGUAUUUUAUUUGGUUUUUAAUGCACUGCUCUGCUCGCCGCACUGUUAAUUCAACCUCAGCUUCAGUUUUAUGUCCUUUAUGAUCAUGUCCAGGGGAAAAGACGCAGCUUUGGUUGCUUUUGUUUCCCUCCGGAUCAUUUCGGGAGUCAUUUUUCAUAAAGACGUUAAUCAGAUAAUGAGGAAUUUUAAUUUAAGUGAUAAAGAUUUAAAAGAACAAAAACAUUUACAUAUAGUAGAUAAAUCGAGACAUGUUUGGUGUCUGACGUUUCUGUAGCUAACGUGUAAUAAGUGAGGAAUAAAACACGACAGAACGCGAUGUGAUAGGAAACUAAUCCACAGCUGGGUGGUGUGAUGUCAUUACCACCUCGAAGUUGAUUAUUUUCCUGUAACUGCAUGUACCAAAGUGUUUUAUUCCUCUUAUACGACAGCAGUUCGACAACCAUCGCAGUUUUUAAUCUAUUCAUGUACGACACGUCGUACGUUUUAAACAAGUCCAUUCCUGUUCUCACUGACGUUAUAGCAGCUAUAAAACGGUCGUUUCCUCACCAGCCUUUCUUUAUUCUCUCUCUUUAUUCUCCCUUUUUUUCUCUCUCUCUUUUUUCUCUCUCUCUCUCUCUGUUUUUUUCUCUGUCUUGAAAUUAAUAAGACAAAAAUAACAAGGAAAUAAAACGGCAGCUCGUCAUGUUACUGAGAAACCGUCAGAAAACUUAGUUACAGCUUUACCUCUGACUGUUACAAAGCGCUGACGCUGGAGACUCCUUCCAUAAAUGUUACAUCAACACAUUUCUCCUUACAGAAAACUUCACAUAUCAAUGAUUUCACUUUUUUUUGCAGUUUAUGUGGAGUGAUUUUUCCGUAUGAAUCACACACUCACUUCAUAAGUGAAUCAUUUGGAUCGGUAACACCAUUUGUACUCCAAAUUUUUUUUAAAAAACGCGAAUGGUCCAAAUCACUUCCGUGUUUAAUCUAUUAUAAUAAUAAUAAUAAUAAUAAUAAUAAUAAGCAGAGUGACAUCACAAACCACAGGCUGAGGAAGAAAGAGAUUUCAACAGUUUUUAAGCUUCAUUUUGAGCAUCUUUACAGAUAAUCUGGUGCCCAAAAUCUUCCCCAUUGUGUUCUUUCUUCUGCAACAAAUCGAACUUCAGACACCAAACAUGUCUUGCUGUUGAUUAUAUCCUGUUAAAUGAAUAUAAAGUGUCCUCAAUAGAUACUUUUUUUUUUUUUUAAGGUAUUUUUAGUAGUAGAUGCACUGCUUGUGUGCUGUGCUCUUCAUCUGGACGUGUUCAGUAUUAGCUUAGCGCUCCGAUAAUCACUGAGUUUGCCAUGAACAGGAAUGUCCUCGUUUUUUUUUUUGUUUUUUGUUUUGUUUGUUUUUUGUUUUUUUGUUUUUUUGCUUUGUUCCUUGUGCCCUUCCAUGUGUCGCAUUUUAUCGUUACAGCCGCCGGUGUGUGAUGCGGUCGAGUAGGUCACAUGAUGUUUUUGUGUUUACUUGUGUUACUUGUGUCAGUGAUCCACGUAGACACUGUUUUUAAUGUCCUGGAGGGAAAAAAAAGCUACAGUUCAGGUCAGCAGUGCAAUAACACAUCACUGAAAGCUGUACUUCUGUACUUCUGUACCUCACAUCUCUCAUUUUAUUGUUUUUUUUUUUUUUUUUCUCACAAAGCCAUUUUCUUCAUGUGUCUGUGCUGUUGUCCACAAUAUCUAACAUUUCUCUAACGUUUCUGUCAUGUGUCCGUUUCACUCCUGUUCCAUUUUCAACAUGGAUCUUAUUUCCGUUGUAGCGAUUGUGAGGAAUGUCGGUGUAAGUCCCGCUCAUUAACAUGCGCCGUUCUGUAACCUGAUUGGCUGAGCCCUGUGUCAUAAACAUGUAACCUGAUUGGAUUAAAUUCUUGAUUAUCUAAAGUAUCAUGAUAAAGUUGUCGCAAUCACGGAACGCGACCGGCUAAAAUGUUUUCACGUUCACGGCAACGUGAGUGGCUACGUUCUCUGUCAUGAACAUUGUUUGUUGGGAAAAAAAUUAUUCGUUAACCAAAAAAAAAAAGUUUUUUUUUUUCCUGUCAACACGAAACUCUGAUUUUGAUUGAUCAUAAAGACAGAACGUGAAGCUGAAUUUAUUGUUUGUCAUGAUUGCACAACGUGAUUUACUAAAUUGUUUUUAUUUUUUGCUUGCGAGUCUUGAACACAAAAUUCGAUUGGCUAAAUGUUUGUGAACACGUGACAUGAUUGGUCCAAAUCUUGCUCAUAAACACAAUGUGAUUAGCUAAAUUCUUUUUGUGUUCAUGGCAAAGUGAGCGGCUAUGUUCUUCAUCACGAACACCAAAUAUGAUUGACUAAAUUGUUCGUGAUUCGAAGUUAUUUGUCGUACUUGCAGAACGUGAUUGGAUAAAUUCUUUAUCGUGAUUGCAGGGUAUCAUUUGUGAAAUUUUUUGUACUUAAAAAAAAAAAAAAAAUGAAGGAAGAAAAAAAACUUCUUUUUCCUGAUUGCAGAAUGUGAUUGGAUGAAUUCUUUUUUGUGCUCAUGGCAAUGUGAUUAGCGACUGAACGUGAUUGACCAAGUUUUUUGGUCUCGAAUGCGCAGUGUGAAAAUGAAACCUGAUUGGCUAAAAUCUUUGUCGUGAACGUGAUUGGCUACGUUGCUUUUCUCAACAUGGAAUGCGAUUGGCUGUUUUCUUUGUCGUGACAAACAAUAAAAGCAGAAAAGAAAUUCUUUGUUAGUUGUGAACGCGAAAUGCGAUUGGCCGAGACGUUUCUCAUGAUCGUGGACUGUGAUUGGCUAAAAUCCUUAUCCAGUCAGGUUACUAAAGCUGUUUGUGCUCAGCUAAUGUUUUUUUUUUGUUGUUGUUCAGUUUAAGAUUAAUUAUGGACCAUUAAACAGGAGUGGAGGAAACUUCAGCUCUUUUACGUUCUAGCUUUAAUAAAUGACUGGUCAUGCAUUUACUCCACAUUUUAUAAUAAGAAGAAAUGUAACUUUCAGCUUGUUCAUGAGACUGAUCCGGUCUCUCAGGUGUAGGCAAAGGAAUCAUUUCUCUCACUCCUGUCCUGCUUUUACCCACAAUCCACUGCCAAGCACCAAAUAAAUCCUCCAGCUACUGACAUGUCCAAUGAAAUAUUUGAGUUUUGAUUCACAGUAAAGUCCAUUAAUAAUGAUUAAUUAAACCGAAUAUGUUUAUAGCAGGAGAACGUUUCAGUGGGCCUUAAAUAAAAACGAGAUCCAGCGACGUAACCGUCUGUGAAGUAACAACAACAACAACAACGUUCCAGCAUUAUUUAUUAAUUUAAAGGACAAAUGUUACACUAUAUACAUUUUUUUUUUUUGCCAUAUAGACGAACUCAAAGGUCCAUUCAUGUGGAAAUUCUCUAUUAAGCAUAGUAUGCAGAAUGUAAUUACUUAGUAAUAUCCAUAAUACAUGCUGUGCUCCAAAGCCAUAUAACCUUCAUGACAUCAUCGUGACAUCAUCAUGACAUCAUCGUCAUCAUCGUCAUCAUCAUCACCUUUGUAACCCUGAAGGACCUUUUUCGUAUAGUUAUUGAAGCUAUAUAAUGUGUUUUUAUAGAGAAACUAAAAACCUAACAGUAGUACAGACUGGAUAUAUAUAUAUAUUUGGAUAGAAAUGGAUUAUUCUAUUCUUAAUUAUGGAUAGUGUGUGUGGAGUUUAGUGAUAGAUCGAGACUGUUCUCGCGCUCGUCGAUUGAUUUUCCAGCUCGCUGUUAAAAAAAACAACAACUCACAAUGAGGGUUUAAUUGUUUGGGAUUAUUAUUAUUUCUAAAGGACACAUGAAAAGGCAUGGCUUGGCUCAUUAAUGCUCAGAAAGACCACUAGAGGGCGAUAAAGCUCAGUCCUUCCUGACACUGAUGUCCACCUUUUAAGCCCCAAAGCGCUCGAAUCACGAUCUAGUGGCAAUUUGGGAUUGUUCCAUUUACUAACCAGAUGCCAUUUUAGUUUACGCUGUCUGAAUGGACCCUAUGUGGUGCACUGGGUCUUGAUUUGGGACGUGAAAUGAGAUCUGCACUGAUUUACCUCUUGAUACUACAGUUACGCUGGUGUUUUAUUUAGCUAUUUAACUAAAAUCCACCCUGUUCACUACCUACUGCCCUGAUUAGUUCUAAACUAUACAAACUACACCUUGAGGAACCCUCGAAGAACGUUCGGAUAGAAUCCUGUACAUCACUUCCAAGAAGAGGUUUCCUGAAGCUUUUUAAACAGGAAACCUUCUGUUUUAGAUUCUGAAUAGACCCUUGACGGGUUCCACCAUAAGGACAAAACUGUAGUCGUCGCACAGUCUUAAGAAAAUAAGUCAAAUCUAGAACCUUGAAGGGUUUUUGGUUGUCCAUGUGGGGAAACUUUUGAAGGUUUUCCAUCGAAUCAGAAAACUUUUCAAUCUAGAACCCUUUUAGGAAGCGACGAACCACUGAAGAGCCCCUGAAGAACAUUUCUAAGUGUAGGAACUCUUUUAGGACAAGCCUAAUAAGUCUAUAGGGUGUUAGGUGGAACCAUUUUCUCUAAAACUGUAGGACUUGUAUGGUCUUAGAAAAGGAAGUUAAAUAUAGAACAUACAAAGAUUUUUGGUUGUUCAUGUGGGGGAAGUUAGAACAGGUUUAGGAAGCAAAGAACCACUGAAGAACCGUUGAAGAACAUUUCUAAAAGUAUAAGAAUUUGCACGCAUACAGGGCAAAUAAACCUAUAGGAUGCUAGGUGGAAACAUUGUCUUUUCUAAAUCUGUAGUACUUGUACAGGCUUAGAAAUGAGGUAAAAUCUAGAACCUGUAAGGGUUCUUUGGUUGUUGCUUUAGGGGGAACCAUUGAAGGUUUUUCACCAAACUUUCCAACAGUGUUUCUCUGUGAGAAAGGGUUUCAAACUAGAACCAAUUUAGGAAGCAAAGAACCCCUUGAAGAACACUUCAGAGAGUGUUUUACAAAGAUGCUUUAAGAGUUCCCCUAGAGGGCCAAACCAGAUAUACUGGGUGCUAGGUGGACCUUCUUUUUCCUAAGACUGGAGCAUGGAAGCAGUGUAACCUGGUGAGGUGGAAUACCCACAAUGCACCAUGCCAUGUAUGUGGCCUAUGUAGUGAAUAUUGUCUGGUUUGGGACGCAGAGUUCUGCAGUGGUUCAGGGCUCUGUCUUUAAAUAGGCACUAUUUUGAAACCUUCUUGUACACUUUUAGAAAAAAAAAGGUCAAAUCUUGAACCCUUAAGGGUCCUUUGAUUGUCCCUUUAGGGGAAUCUUUGAAGGGUUUUACAGACUCUAUCAGGAUGAUAAGAAUCCAUAACUAUACAAAGAGGAACCCUUGAAGAACCGUUGAAGAACCCUUCUAAGAAUGUCAGGGAUGUUUUUUUUUUUGACAUAGAAGCUUUAAGGUUUCCCCGAACAGGACAAACCAAAUAAAUAUAGGAUGCUGGGUGGAACUUUAUUUUUCUAAGGCUGCAGCAUCAAAGCAAUGUAUGCUAACGGGACAGAAUACCCACAAUGCAUCAUUCCAUGUAGGUGGCCUAUGUAGGGAACAGUGUGUGAUUUGGGACAAUAACCGAGAACUGGUUUAUGUUUGUGAGAACGGUUACUUCUCUCUGUUGGAUUAUUAUUAUUAUUAUUAUUAUUAUUAUUAUUAUUAUUAUUAUUAUUGUGCUCUGUGUUUGUUGUGUUUUAUUUUUUUAAUGCAGUGAUACAUGUGCUCUUGCCCACUCCUGUGCAUUUGUAUUACAGCCAAUAAAACAGAAAGCUAAAUGUG